AUUCACUCUUCUAGUUCCGAUUUGGAACCCAAUGCUUCGAUUAUCUCUUCAUCUGGCUUCCUUAAUGGAGUACCUCAUCGAGGCUCUUUAAAUACCGCCACCACUAACUCUAUGUCUUCAUUAGGCAUAACUGGCACAACAUUAAGCCUAACUUCUUCCAUUCCUGGUUCUAUCUCCUCUUCGCCUUCUUGUCUAUCUCCUCCUUAUUGCACCAACCGAACUUCUCACCUUGGCCCUACACAAUUUAUCCGAGGAGUAGGCAUUCCUUAUGCCACGGUUUCUUCGCAAUCAACCGGCCAACUCGCCUUGAGAGGAGUUCAGAAUGUUCGGCCCCACCCUAGGUCUAGGGGGCGCCAUCUGUUUGCUGUUGAUUCACCCCAUUCUUUGGAUUUGCUACAGACUAAUGCCACUUAUUUGGAUUCCAAUGGCUCUCCUCGUUAUCAAGGUGAGUGGGUAUUCAGUUAUAAUAAUACAAAGACUACUACUACUAACAAUGACUGA